AUGGUUCUGAUGGUUGGCCCAUCAGCAAUGGCAUGGGGAGAGACGAAAGGCCCAAUCGAGGUUCAGGAGGUGCAUGUCUCCUGUCUGAGAGCCGCAGACAUGAAGUGGGUCAGCCGCCUCCGCGAGGGCAAGAAGGGGCCCUCUCAGCCGCUGUCCCCCACCCACGUAUCAUCGGACAGUGACUUGGAGCAGCACUUCAAGGAACUGUGGGAGCACUUUCGGGCUGUUGAGUCGGAUAAGGGGAAGAACCCAAAUGCGUUUGGCGAGGUGUUGGCUGCAUUCUGCAGCUUGUUGCGGGCCAAUGACACUGGAUCUGACGUGUUGGAUUUGUAA